CAAUAAAUGAAAAUCCGCAGUUUUACUUGUCCUUCGCAAACGACCAUAGUCGUUCAAAUUCUAGGAACGGCCAUUCCUUUGCAAUUUUCUACUUUUAAUACUUAUAAUGAACGAAAAUAAUUAUAAUUGGGAUCAUCUUGGGACGGAAAACUCCAUACCUAGAUCAGAAAUCCCAGGUGAAAGUGUUUUUGAGCGAGCAGAUUCACUUCAGAAUUCAAACGCAAGCCAAUUCGACAUUACUAACAAAAACGGAGAAUUUGACGCUGAUUCCCGUGGCAUAACAAGCACAGUAAAAAACAAUAUAAAGUUUCCAGAAGCCGAUUCGACGAAGUCUCACUCAGUCAAUAACAAGUCGUAUGUGGACAUUCACAAAACAUCUUUCGAUAAGAGGGAAGAGCAAGUUUCUACGAAACCUUUGGAUGAACCUUUGGAUGAUGGGUUUUCCGAGCAUAACAUAGGAAUUCAACCAUCUUCUCAAGAGCAUCCCCCAGAGCAAGAGGUUACUCGUUUGGAGAAGGUAAAGAGAAGGGCCUUUGCAUUUGUAUUGAACAAACGCUUUUGGAUUGUAUUUAUUUUGGGACAAGUGCUUUCCUUAUGUUUGACAGCUAGUAAUACCUUUAAUGGCUUUUUAUCAGAGAUGGGGAAAGUUCCUGCUUUUCAAAUCUUCUUGUUCUAUGCCGCCCUUACUAUUGUAUAUACUCCUUACACCAUUUAUCGAAUGGGAUUUAAGGAUUACUUUAAAAUGGUCCUUCAACAUGGCUGGAAGUACAUCAUUUUCGCAUUCUUCGAUGUAGAGGGAAAUUACUUUGUCGUACUCGCUUAUCAAUAUACCAGUGUGAUUAGUGCAAGUCUCUUGGAUUCUUGGGCCACGGUGGCGGUCGUCAUUCUUUCAUUUUUAUUUUUAAAGGUACGAUACCACUGGACUCAGCUUCUCGGUAUUGUGGUUUGUAUUGGCGGUCUUGCCUUGCUGGUUGUUAGUGACUUGAAAAAUUAUGGCAGUAACGAAAAAAGUGCAGUGAACCCUGGUUUAGGUGAUGGUUACAUGAUUCUUGGUGCUACCUGUUAUGGUCUAUCGAACACCAUUGAAGAGUUUUUCGCUUCCAAAUUGCCUUUGUACGUAGUCGUCGGUCAAUUGAGUCUUUAUGCCUCCAUCAUCAGUAUUGUGCAGAAUUUUAUUUUUGAUCGUCACGACUUCCUGCAUUUGCAUUGGACCCGCUCUAUGGGAGGAUAUUUGGCUGGUUUCAUUAUCGUAAUGCUUAUUCUCUAUUCCCUCGCUCCUAUAUGUUUCCGUAUGUCUUCUGCUACCUUCUAUAAUAUUUCAGUGUUGACUUCGGACUUUUGGAGUUUAAUUAUUGGUAUCCAUGUGUUUGGUAACCACGUUUAUUGGCUUUAUCCUAUUGCUUUUGUUAUGAUUAUUAUAGGUCUUUUCCUAUAUCAUAUCUUUGUCGAUACUGCCGAUAAGACCUCAAAACCUUGGUUAAAACAAGGCGAAGGUGUAGAUGGUGUCGGUAUGGCUCGUCGGCCAUCAUCGUCUCUGUUUUCGACAAAGAGCAAUAUCGACAAGAAUGCUGACAAAAGUAAGGUUAUCGUCGCUGCUCAUAAUGAUGACGAGUUUUUCAGUCGUAUUGGUGAUUCCUUCAAGUGGAUAAAGCAUUUUUUCGUGAAAAAGUAAGGAAAAGAAUUUUGUUUGGGAAAACGGUAUAUUUUGGGUAAAGAAUUCGUGUGUUUAAAUAAUUAGUCUUUAAUUUAGUAUAAUAUAGUUUUAGUUUGCUGGAAACCAAACCGUUGGUUUUAAGAGAGAUUCUCUAUAAUGUGAAGGUAUGCGCGAACAUUUUUCACUUUUCACAUGUUAUAUUCAGGUUGCAACCUUGAACUAUAAUAGUGGUUUAACAAUACCCUUCUGUUCUGGAUGAAAUGAAGUUGAGUAACAGCUGCAUGUACUUUCACGAGUAAAUCUUAGUUCAAUCUUUAUACCCUCAUAGUCAUAACAAGUUUGAAAAACUAAAUAUAUCAGUGUGUAAAAUAAG